GGGAAUUCAAUAAUCAAAACGCGUUGCAGAGAUUAGAUUAAAUUAAAGAUAUUUUCUUUCAUCUUCCACCACCUUCUUUUCUCAAUCUCUCAAUCUGGGUCGUUCACUUUCUCUGCUGCUCUCUCUCUCUUUUCAACCUUCCCUUAUCUUUCUCUCUCUUUCUUCCCACUCUAAAAAUAAAAAAUAAAAAUUAGAUUUUUAUUAAUCUUCUGCUGACAAGGCUUAUUGUUUUGGAUCUUUGAUUUGAUUUCUUUCUUUCUUUCUUUCUUUUUUUUGAUUACUCUAAGUUCUGGGUUUGUUGUUGAGUGCCUCUUACAUGUGGGGUUUUAUUCUUUGCUUCAUAAACAAAGACAAUUGUUGAUUUUUUUCUGUUUUUUUAAUGAUCUAUGAGCGUGAUUUUGGGGAUAGGUGUGUGUGGGGGAGGAAAGUUGUCUUUGGGGUGCUAAAGUUGAGUCUUUGUCAAACCCGUUGGUGAUGGCUCCUUUCUCCAUUGCCAUGUAGCUUUGAUUCAUUCCAGUUAAGGGUAUUUGAGUUGGUUUGUGUGCUUCCACGUGUGUAAUGCAGAGAAGGGUAUGCUCUUUUUGCCGAGUGUGAGUGUUGCUGCUACUUGCUAGAUAGUUCCACAUCUUCUUGAGAGAGAGAGAGAGAAAAAAAAAAAUUAAAAUGGGAUCUGGCAAUGAGGUUCAUUCAGUUGAGGUAUUCAAUUUAGAGUCCAAGUGGCUUAUAGAUCCAAAACAACUAUUUGUUGGGCCAAAAAUUGGGGAAGGUGCUCAUGCCAAAGUCUAUGAGGGAAAAUAUAAAAAUCAGAAUGUUGCUGUUAAGAUUAUCAACAAGGGAGAAACCCCGGAAGAGAUUUCAAGGAGGGAGGCUCGAUUUGCCAGAGAGGUUGCUAUGUUGUCGAGAGUUCAACACAAAAAUCUGGUUAAGUUUAUUGGGGCCUGCAAAGAACCUGUUAUGGUUAUAGUAACUGAACUUCUAUUAGGUGGCACGUUGCGUAAAUAUCUCUUGAGUAUGCGGCCAAAGUGCUUGGAUAUGCCUGUGGCUGUUGGAUUUGCUCUUGAUAUUGCCCGAGCAAUGGAAUGUUUACACUCCCAUGGGAUUAUUCACCGCGAUCUUAAACCUGAUAACUUAAUCUUGACGGCUGAUCAUAGGACAGUUAAACUUGCUGAUUUUGGUCUGGCUAGAGAAGAGUCCUUGACAGAGAUGAUGACUGCUGAAACUGGAACAUAUCGUUGGAUGGCUCCAGAACUUUACAGCACUGUUACUCUAAGACAAGGUGAGAAGAAGCAUUACAACCACAAGGUGGAUGCCUACAGCUUUGCGAUUGUGUUGUGGGAACUCAUCCAUAAUAAGUUGCCCUUUGAAGGCAUGUCUAAUCUACAGGCAGCAUAUGCAGCUGCUUUUAAGAAUACAAGGCCCAGUGCUGAAGACCUUCCUGAGGAUUUAGCUCUGAUUGUAACUUCAUGUUGGAAAGAGGAUCCAAAUGAUAGACCAAAUUUCAGUCAAAUCAUACAGAUGCUCCUUCGAUAUCUCUCUACUAUUUCACCACCAGAGCCAGUUGUUCCUCUGAGGAUGACCUCAUCUGAGAAUGCUGUGUUGCCACCAGAAUCUCCUGGUACAAGUGCAUUAAUGCUUGGAAGAGAUGACUCUGGAGAAACUCCAAAAACCAGUGUGGAAGACAGGUCUAAAGGGUUUUUCUUCUGCUUUAAACAAUGUUACUGAUGCCUCAAGAGACAUGAUUUGGUCUUUGGAGCUGUCCCAUAUCACAGUUAGGAAAACCAAAUAAAACCACAUUCACCAAUUGUAACAACUAGUAGGAUCUUAAUAAGAAAAUGUUAACUAUUAUCACAUAAGGCAGUUUAUAGUAGCAAUUAGCAACUAAGAAGUUCUCAGCAAGAGUGGCAAGCACUUUUUUAACAUUUAUAUCUUGACUUACUUCUGACUUGUAUCCAAGGACACUCAGAAAAUUUUGGGGUUAAGGUUGCUGAGAUGUAAUAUCAUUGUAUAAUAAGGUACAUCCAAAGGCCUUCACCUCCUGUUCAUAUAUGUUGCAUGGACAAUAAAAAAGGGAAAAGGGGGAAAUGUUUACAUUGGCAUUCAUGUGUUUCAUUCAUCAAACUUGUUUUUGUAUCACUCCUAUUUGCUAUGCAUUUAUUAUAUGGCCGAAGUUAAUGCUUUUGCUUUUUUUU